AUGUCACUGUCUAAAGAAUCGCGAACAUCUUCUAUGGGACCAAGAGCCCAAGUAAAAUUUCCUUUUGAAUUAAGUCCUCCAAUACAAAAAUUAACAUUUGGUCAUCAAUACGCAGUACAAUCAGUCCCUUUACAACAAACAAUUACAUUUAUAAAUAAAACUGAUGAAUUAUAUAGAAUGACAAUAGUUGUUAGUACAAGUCCUAAAUAUACAAUGGAAGUUGAUGAAGAAAAAAUUAAAAUUAAACGACAAAGUACAAAGUCUGUCACAAUUACUAUCUGUUUUAAUACAGUUAUUACAGUUGGCUUAACUGGAAGUGUUACAUUUGAAGUUAAAAAAAAAGCAUUUAUUGGAAACGAAGCAAGUUCAUUAACUCUAAGAUUUCAAAUGUUAGGUGUUAUUCCUAAAGUAUCUUCCAAACAAGUAAUUCUUGAAUUGGAACCUUUUGAUACUUUAAUACACCCACAACAAACUGAAUUAGUAAAUCAAGACAUAAAAAGUAAAUUUCAAAUUAAAAAUAAAUUAACUCAACAUGAAGACUCAAAAAUAAUAAUAAAAAGAGAAACAAAUACAAUAAAUGAAAAAGACUUUAUUACUAUUUUAGAACAUUCAAAAAAUAAAGAAGAUAUUAUUAAAAUUGGAACAGUUACAGGAAAAAAAGCACUUUAUAAUAAGGAACAGACAUUUAUAUUUAAUUUUAAUGAUGUACAAGAAGACUUUAAUGCUUUAACAUCAAUAUAUAUGGAUAUUCAUCAUUUUUCAAUAGUUCAAUUAAUUGGAUUAAAUUUUCAUUCAAACUUCAUGUUAUUAGAAGCAGACACACAAUAUAAUAUUGAACAAUUUUUAGAUUGUGAGUUAUCUAUUCCAUUCUUAACGAGAUGUUGUAUUAAUUUAGUUACUGCUUUACAAUAUUUAUCUUCUCAAAAUAUUCUUCAUAGAAAUAUUAAACCAAGUAAAUUAAGACUAGUUAAAAGAGCUUCACCUACUAUGGGGCUCCCUUUAAUUAAAUUACAUGACUUUUCUUGUGGCAUUGUUUUAGAAAAUGGAAAACGUACAAAUGAAUGUGUUGGAACUAUUGAGUAUAUGGCACCUGAAGUUAUUGAAGAACAAGAAUAUGAUGCAAAAGUCGAUGUGUAUAGUCUUGGUAUGACGAUGUAUCAUAUUUUUAAUAAAAAAAAACCAUAUGGUGAAAUGUCAAUACAAGAAAUUAAAGAAUUUGUACGUUCUGGACAUCGGUUAUCUCCAACAGAUAAAAUACCUAUUGCAAUAAUAGGAAUAAUAACAAAGUGUUGGAAUCAACACCCAGAACUACGACCUAAUUAUAAAUGGAUAUUAAAUGCACUUAAUGAUUUCUCUAGAAACUAUACUGCAUAA